AUGACUAGCAUUAGAAAUUGUAUUGCUUGGAAUAUGGUUGAUAUGGGCAAAUUAGUUUGGCAAGUAGCUCAAAAGGAUGAUGUUUUACGGAUCAAGUGGAUUCAUAGCUACAACAGCAACUCGUGGAGGAAUGACAGUAAGAAGUACACUGCCAAGGAGGGGUACCAAUGGCUAAAAGGUCAAUAUGAGGUUGUUGGUUGGCAUCAUUGGGCGUGGAAUAGGUUUAAUGUUCCAAAAGAUGCAUUUAUGAGCUGGCUUAUAGCUUUGGGAAAAGUCAGGACAACAGAAAGGCUCAAGGCUGCUGGAGUCUGCAAUGAUGUGUCUUGUUUGCUAUGUGAUAGUGGUACAGAUAGUUGUAUGCAUCUCUUUUUUAGAUGCCAUUUCAGCAGGAUUAUGUGUACCAAUAUUAUGAUCCGAGUGCAGAUAAGAGUGCGAAAUGAUGAGUAUUUAUAUACUACCUGGAAAAAGCGGGGUAGAAGACACAGAAGUAGAAAAGAACAACAAAUUUGUUGCACUGCCCUUGCAUCUACUGUUUAUCACAUUUGGAUAGCAAGAAACCACUCUCUGUGGGAGAAUGCAGUUAUUCAUCCUGAUACAGUGGUGAAAUGUAUAAAACAGGAGGUUGUUGGUAGAGCUAUAAUAAAGAUGAAAGAUUCUUGGCCUGAUGAUGUAAAGAAUUGGGUGACUGAUCUUGCAGGAUAA